UAACAGUCAAUUUCUCCAAGUUCACUGCUCAGUCUUCACGUCAAAACAGAAAACCCUCCAACAAAAACACUGUUCCCUCCUAUGGCGGCCCAACCCAGACGAGGCGGAAUUUCCCUACCCGAGAGGUCAUCCGCCUCCAAACCCCAUUCCAACAUUCUCCACAGGAUCACUUCUUCCCCCAUUGUUUCCCGUGGUAAGCAAGCGGCCUCUGACGCUGCUUUCGUCUCCAAGAAACUCCUCCGUAGCACCGGCAAAGCCGCUUGGAUCGCCGGAACUACCUUCUUGAUCUUAUUUGUCCCUUUGAUCAUUGAGAUGGACCGCGAGCAGCAGUUCAAUGAACUCGAGCUCCAGCAAGCUAGUCUCCUCGGUGCCCCACCCACUGCACCUGCACGCUCUUGAGUAACCGGGUCUGUGUCAUAUCAGGUCAGAGGAGCUUGUUGUUUAUCAAAUUUUAUGGUUGUCCUAGUUUAGUGAAACUUCUAGAUUCAGUCUUAGGAUUUUUUUCCUUUUAAUUUGAGUUUAAGUUUUUUACUUGUCGGAAUGUUGUUACUGGACUUUGUUUUAUCGAUUGAGUUUAUUCGUAUGAAUUUUUAAGUGAAACUGAACAUUGUUGUGAUAAAGUAAAAUUGGUGAAACUAAA